CUCAAUGUCAACUUAACCUCAAGUUUGUGUUUCUCAUUCGAAAUACACAUUCGAACAAUUUUUGCCAUACCCUGAAUCUUGUGACGUUUGCGAUAUAAGAAACAUGAUCGAUAAAUUAAUCUUUAAGAUAUUUAAAUCCGUACCACAAACAGCAAUCUCAAAUCAGCUUACCUCGACAGUAAACGCAACAUCUGUAACAUGGAAUCCAUGGGGUUUAAUGCUUGUUAGAAACAUAGUAAGAUAUCAUUUUCCUCGUCCUGAUGAACGUAAACGUAUCAAAAAACAUGGCUGGUUUGCAAGAAUGGCAACGCUGAAUGGUAGAAGAAUUCUCCAAAGGAGAAUCUUAAAAGGCAAACAUGUGCUUAGUCAUUAAUUAUCAGUUCUAUCUAUCUAACAAACAAAAUGUAAAGGAACAUUAAAAUUAAAAAAAUAAAUGUUAUUUAUCAUCAAAA